UCCAAGCUUCAUGACACGAAAGUCGGUGUCUUGUUUUGCCCUACCCGAUCCCUUUUCAGAACCAACUCUUUCUUCAUCUGAAUAGAUAGUCUCUUUCCUUUUUUGUAUAUAACAACCGUGUUGUCUACAUCUUUUCCGAUCAUCACUUGAUAUCAUACAGAAAAAUGGCAGCAAAUGAUGUGCCAUGUUGUGAGCCCAUGUUUUGGACAUAUCUAAUCAUAUGCAUGGCUCUAGUGUCUUUUGCUGGCCUAAUGUCUGGUCUUACAAUAGGACUUAUGUCUCUUACUGUUGUUGAUCUUGAGGUUCUGAUCAGGGCUGGUCAGCCACAAGAACGAAAGAAUGCAGAGAAGAUUCUGCCUAUUGUGAAGAAUCGGCAUUUACUGCUAUGUACUCUCCUCAUAGGAAAUGCUUUGGCUAUGGAGGCCCUGCCUAUCUUCCUUGACGCGCUUCUUCCUGCUUGGGGUGCUAUACUAAUAUCAGUAACCCUCAUACUUACCUUUGGUGAGAUUAUCCCUCAAGCAGUUUGUUCUAGGUAUGGCCUGAGCAUUGGUGCGAAACUGUCUAUCGUCGUUAGGUUUAUUGUUAUGGUCCUCUUUCCUCUAGCUUAUCCUAUCAGUAAGCUCCUGGAUUGGAUCCUUGGAGAAAAGCAUUCUGCCCUUCUGCGACGCGCAGAGUUGAAGACUUUGGUGGACAUGCAUGGAGAUGAGGCAGGGAAAGGUGGAGAACUGACGCAUGAUGAAACAACUAUCAUUACUGGAGCCUUGGAUCUCACUCAGAAAACUGCAAAAGAUGCUAUGACACCCAUAUCAGAAACGUUUUCAUUGGAUAUUAAUUGUAAACUUGACGAGAAAACAAUGGGGUUGAUAAUAAGGAAAGGCCAUAGCCGUGUACCGAUUUACACAGGGAAUCCAACAAAUAUUAUCGGUCUGAUCUUGGUGAAAAAUUUAAUCAGGUGCCGACCUGAAGAUGAAACACCGAUAAGAGAUCUAACUAUCAGGAGGAUUCCGAGGGUUCCUGAUCAUUUGCCUCUUUAUGAUAUAAUGAAUCAAUUUCAGAAAGGUCAUAGCCAUAUGGCUAUUGUUGUUAAGAGUAAGAAUGAUGCUUACGAGACUGCACAUAAAGCAAACUCCAAGCCUACCAUGUUGGGGAAAAGGGUUUCAGGAAGCUACCAACUUGGUCAGAAAGAUCAAUUCAUCAUUCCUGUGAACUCACCAUCCGUGUAUUCCAGUGGCACUGACAUUGAGAGUCCGAAACCGAUCGAUUUCAGGAAUCUAAGAGACAAUUUGCACCCAAAAUUGCAGAAUCAAGAACACCGACAUGGAAAUAUUUCACAUGAAGAAUUGGAAUUUCUUUCAGCUUCAGAUGAGGAAGUCAUUGGUGUUAUAACCUUGGAAGAUGUUAUGGAGGAACUGAUUCAGGAAGAAAUAUUGGAUGAAACUGAUGAGUAUGUAGAUGUUCAUAACAAGAUUACAAUCAAUAUGAUUCCUCCGCGAAGAUCACCCGGAGCGGGAACGGCGUCACCGGUUUCUCCCUAUCACCAAAGUCCAGUAUCUUCUAUACUGCUCUCACCAAUACCACCAUAUGCCUACUCACCAUCUAUUAGGCCAACACUUGAUGCUUCCCCGCCAGCAAAAUCUGUUCCAAAUUCUCCAGCUCAUCUUACAGGCUCUCCUCACAAUUCACCAUCCUCCAAUAAGGUUUCUAGAAAAUCAUACGAGAAGCUGAGAAGGCCUGAUGAUGGCAUAUAGUGUCUGUUCCAUAUGGGCUGUUGGAGCUGGGAUUUAUUUAUGAAAAUGGGCACGAAAUAGGCCUCUCUGUGAUGGGAUUAUUUUGUGCUUCUCUAUCAUUUCUUUGAUUUUUCAAUUGGCUCAAAGUGGAAGGACUGGUUUAUAUUUUACAGCACGCUCUCCUACUCC